AUGAUGAAUCUUUGCGUUUGGUGCUUCAUUGGCGCAAGCGUCGUGUGGGCAGAUGAGAGGCCGAUGAAAAACAGCAGCCUUUGUGUUUCGAACCGUGGCUUGCCUUACAACAGAGAUUUGUGCAUGUGGUAUGGCCGAGACAGAGGAUGUAAUUGGCAAGAAGGCGCUUGCCGCUGUAUAGAGGGUGGAGUCUUUUGGAAGAGUGCUCGUCGAUGCUGGACCCAAGGGCAAGGCGCCACUCAAAGUACAAGUCCACCACAGCCGCUUGCACCCUUGCCCAUCGCCAACGACAGCGUGUGUGUCUCCAACAAGGGGCGUCCCUACUCCAAAUCCGAUUGUGAUUGGUAUGGUCCAGAGCUCAAAUGCAUUUGGAAGAAUGAGAUUUGCCAAUGCGAGAAUGGAGGAAUCUAUUCCAAGACAGGACGUAAAUGUUGGCCGCGUGAGGAGACGACCACGACCACCACUACAAGUCCACCUGCACCACCCAUGCCGCUCAGCAACGGAAGUGUAUGCGUCUCAAACAAAGGUCGACCAUACACCAAAGAGCUUUGCGAGUGGUAUGGCCCUGCCCGCGGGUGUAUCUGGCUGAACGAGGUUUGCCAGUGCAAAGAUGGCGGAACGUACUCAAAGACAGGCCACAAGUGUUGGCCAGCAAAGCCGCCCAGCCCUGAGACAACCACUACGAGUACAAGUCCACCACCCUCCUUGCCGAUCGCUGAUGGUAGCUUGUGUGUGUCCAACCAUGGAAAAGCAUACAACAAGGCUAACUGUGAUUGGUACGGAGCACCCAGAGGAUGCGUUUGGCUGCAAGAACUCUGCCAGUGCAAAGACCACGGCUUCUUCUACUCCAAGAGUGGCCGGAAGUGUCGGCCGGCGCUGACCACACGCCCACCUGGAACGCAUCCAUCCUUCUUCGACUGGCUGGUUUCGUGGUUCCCAGGACCCCAAUGGCUGAAUUGGAUCCUGGACAUCAUGAUUAGCAUGUGCGCGUGUGGAACCUGUGCAUAUCCCUACCGCCGACAUCUCCAGCAUCGGUUGGUGGAUCGGAUGGGCCGGGCCGGUCUUCUCCAACUUCAAGGCACUGCCAGGGAAGCCAUUUUGGAUCAACGUGAUCAAAACCACGUGGAAGUUGUUGGCGUUGGCCCUUUGAGCAUUCCAUCGCCCUAG